AUGGACAUUGUUUGUAAGAAGCUGUGCGAAGAAACUACAACCUCUACAACAUCUACAACUUCUACAACUACGUCAACCACUACGUCUACAACUACGUCAACCACAACGUCUACGACAUCGACCACAUCUACAACAUCUACAACCUCCACAACAUCUCCAACAACGUCCACUUCUACUACUUCUACUUCUCCACCAACAACCACUACUACCGUCCCUACAACAGCUUCGACUUCACCAACAACUUCGUCAACGACAACAACGACGACACCUACUACCACCACAACUACCACUACUCGAACAACUACAACUCAAAAACCAGCGGCUGGUAGUAAAACCACACUUUACCUAGCCAUUGCCAUAGGCUGUGUUGCCGUGAUAUUGCUAGUUUGUCUAAUCAUCAUCUCAGUUAAGAUGUUUUGCUGUAGAAAACCUCCUCCUCGACCGAAAACACCGGUUUCAACAAUAGAAGGGACGUCACAUAAGACAUCAGGGUAUGGAGUUGUGCCUUGGGGAUUUACCAGAGCACCACGGGAAACAACGAUCAUAGAAGAUGUGGAUCAAGAAAGCGAAGGCAAAGAUUCCUGGCAGGCCCAAAAACGAAGUUCUUUCCCUAAGGAACAAAUUAAUCAACACAAUGCUGCUUAUCAUAGAAAGUCUUCCGUAAAUUUACCAUCUUGGCAGGAAGGACAGGGGUCUGUUUUCAUGCAACCAGAAUCAACGCCUGCAAAAGGUAUGUCUCUUCCAUUAAAACCAGAGUCAAUGUACGAAGCUCGUCCAGCAUUACCAAGAGAGAAUACAAAGACAGUUCCAGUAUUCGAUGAUAUAAUAAUGGAUGAAAAUGUGAAUUUUGCUUUACGGUAUUCUUCAAGGAUGAAGGACGUCAAGAAAGAGUGGUAUGAACGACGGAAUUCUGGGACGACUUCCUCUAUGAUUACAGAGAAAUCAAUAAUUUUACCACCGUCUUCUAACGAUGCUUCAAGGAAUAACAGCAGGCGUGUCAGUAUAACUGAUAUAGCAGAAACGCAGAUCCUAGAUAUCAACAGUAAUAACAAUGUGUUAUCACCAUUUAAUAGUUUUGAUACAUCAACGAAAACCGGAAGUUAUGCAGAUGGCAUGAUGAUAUCCCCUGUUUCUGAGAUGUCACUUCCCGUUUCCCCAUCAGAUAGUGUAAUAACGUGAUACAAAUCGGCUACAUUGAAUAAAUGACGUUUUUAAUGUCAUUUGCGUACAUUUUUCACAAACACAUCUGUUUAUAUUAUAUAAGGAAAUUAAUGCGUUAUCAACAAUAAACAUCUAAAUGUUUAACAUACCCUGUAGUUACUUUUCUUUCAAAAACAACAUGAAGGAAGCAAAUAUGUAACUUUUGCACUUUACCGGAGAU